GUCAUGAAUACAACUUAAUUUUACUAUGUGUUUAUUGAUAAAUCUGUAUUUCUUCAUGUGAGAGAAUCACUUUUCUGACUUGAAGGUAAUUAUUAAAAAGCUUUAUAAUAUUUUAGUAAUUUUUUAAAAAUUUUAAUUGUGUUGAAAACAUAUAAUGAUUUACCAUCUUCAGUCUUUUUAAGUGUACAUUCCAGUAGUGUUAAAACCAUAUUUACAUUGUUACGUAAAAGACCUCUAGAACAUUUACAUCUUGCAAAACUAAAACUCAAAACAUGUCAAGUAACAACUGCCGAUUGUACCCUUUCUCCAGGCCUUGACAAACUCCAUUGAACUUUCUGUAAGUUUGACUACCUGAGAUAUAAGUAGAACCAUACACUGUCACUGUUAUUGAGUUGUUUCAGUUAACACAAUAUUUUCAAGGGUUAUCCUUAUCAUAGAAUGUGGCAAACUAGUGUUUUGAAAGGUUCCCUAUAGCUGGAAUAUGGGCACAUAUGCCACAACUUUCUUUCUAUGUUUUGGGAGAAGCCACAUGUUUGUGGUUUAAUGCUGUAUGCACCUUGCUGUAUUAAGGAGGUGGAAAGGCAGUGUAGUGUGUGAAUGUAACAAACUUUUCUUCCUAAUCAAUGUGUCUUUUGGCAUUGUGAUCUCUCAGGGUGCUGCAAAUAUUUACCUGGUUUGUAGAAGUCUCACAAAAGCAAUUUGGUCAGUAUAUUUUAUUAUGAAGGAAUUAGGGCUGAUGGUAUUUUAUUAUGCCAUCUUGCUAAUGUACUUGGUAUAGUUUUAUAUAUUAGAUUUGUAAUGUAUAUUCACCCAAAUCUGAAGAAAAGUAAGUGGGAUAAUUUGUUAUUUUUAUUUCUUUCAGCUACGUCUUCUCAAUACAUUCAAGACUAUUUGCCAGAGCAGGGCAUAAGAGAUUCAUUUCAAAAAGUGAUACUGGGAACUUAUGGAAGCUGUGGCCUUGAGAAUUUAAACGUAAGGAAAGACUGGAAAAGUGUGGAUGAGUGUCAAAGGUACAAAAGAUGUUAUAACGGAUUUAACCAAAAUUCAGCAAGUACGCAUUGCAAAAUGUUCCAAUGUAAUAAAUGUUUGAAAGUCUUUAGAAAAUUGUCAAAUCUAAAUAAACAUAAGAUAAGACAUACUGUAGAAAAACCUUUCAAAUGUAAGGAAUGUGGAAAAGCCUUUAACCAAUGCUCACACUUUACUGAACAUGAAAUAAUUUAUACUGGAAAGAAAUAUUACAAAUGUAAAGAAUGUGACAAAGUGUUUAAAUCUUUCUCAAGCUUGUCUAAUCAUAAGAUAAUUCAUUCUGGAGAGGAACCCUAUGAACGUGAUGAAUGUGACAAAGUCUUUAAAUUUAGCUCAACUGGAGAGAUACCACACAAAUGUAAAGAAUGUGGCAAAGUCUUCAAAUAUUGGUCAAACUUUUAUAGACAUAAGAGAAUGCAUACUGGAGACAAACCCUACAAAUGUGGAGAAUGUGGCAAAGCCUUUAAAUAUUGGUCAAGCUUUUCUAAACAUAGGAUGAUUCAUACUGGAGAGAAACCCUACAUAUGUGAAGAAUGUGGCAAAGCCUUUAAUCAGUUCUCAAAUCUUACUACGCAUAAAAUAAUUCAUACUGGAGAGAAACCCUACAAAUGUGAAGAAUGUGGCAAAGCCUUUCACUACUACUUUCACCUCAGUGAACAUCAGAGAAUGCAUACUGGAGAGAAACCCUACAAAUGUGAAGAAUGUGGCAAAGCCUUUAAAUAUCGGUCAAGCUUUUCUACACAUAGGAUAAUUCAUACUGAAGAGACACCCUACAAAUGUGAAGAAUGUGGCAAAGCCUUCCACUACCACUCACACCUCAGUGAACAUCAGAGAAUGCAUACUGGAGAGAAACCCUACAAAUGUGAAGAAUGUGGCAAAGCCUUUAAAUAUCGGACAAGCUUUUCUAAACAUAGGAUAAUUCAUACUGGAGAGACACCCUACAAAUGUGAAGAAUGUGGCAAAGCCUUUAACCAGCACUCACACCUCAGUGAACAUCAGAGAAUGCAUACUGGAGAGCAACCCUACAAGUGUGAAGAAUGUGGCAAAGCCUUUAAAUAUUGGUCAAGCUUUUCUAAACAUAGGAUAAUUCAUACUGGAGAGAAACCCUACAAAUGUGAAAAAUGUGGCAAAGCCUUUCACUGGCACCGCAGCCUCAGUGAACAUCAGAGAGUGCAUACUGGGGAGACGCCCUACAAAUGUAAAGAAUGUGGCAAAGUCUUUAAAUAUUGGUCAGGCUUUUGUAAACAUAAGUUAAUUCAUACUGGAGAGAAACCCUACAAAUGUGAAGAAUGUGGCAAAGCCUUCCAAUAUUGGUCAAGCUUUUGUGGACAUAAGAUAACUCAUACUGAAGAGAAACCCUACAAGUGUAAAGAGUGUGGCAAAACCUUUAAACAUCCUUCAUACCUUAGGGACCAUAAGAAAGUGCAUUCUGGAGAGAAACCCUAUAUAUGUGAAGAAUGUGGCAAAGCUUUUAAAUAUUCCUCAGGCUUUUAUAGACAUAAGAUGAUACAUACUGGAGAGAAACCCUAGAAAUAUGAAGAAUGUGGCAAAGCCUUUACCUAGUGCUCUUACCUGACUGUACAUGAGAGAAUUCAUACAUGAGAGAAAUCCUAGUAAGGUAAAGAAUGUGGAAAUUUCUUUAGUAUCUCCUUAUAUAUUUGUUGGCAUCAGAUAAAAGGAGUAUAAAUGUAAUGCCUGUUACCUUUCACAAAAUAAAAUUCUUAGAGUGCACCAGAGUGUUUAUACAGAAUAAAACCUAUUACAGCUAUGAAGAGUACUCUAUAACACCUUUACUUAUAUCACAGACCUUACUGUACACAGGAUAAUUCACACUGGCAGGUGACCCUCCAGCAGUUUCCCAAACCUUAUUCAACUUCAGAAAAUUGAGAUUGUAGAAAAACACUACAAGUGCAAUCAAUGCAGAAAAACAUUUGUUAAAAAAAUGUACCUUGGAAAACAUCAGAGUUCAUAGAAGAAGAUAUUUUAUAGAUGCAGUUAAUGGAAAAAAAAUUAUAGUCAAGUCUAACUAAAAAUAAGAGGAUUCAUAAUAGAAAGCACUAGGCAUAGGCCGGGUGUGGUGAAUCAUGCCUGUAAUCCUAGCACUCUGGGAGGCCGAGGCG